GAUUGGUUACGAAGUUGUCACAACGUGUUAGAGAGAAGGAAAAUCAGUUAGAUCGUUAGAUUGUGAGAGUGGAGAGUUGAAAUGGGUCGUAGAAGAUCCAAGCGAAAGCCAGCUCCUAAAAGAAGACAGGAUCCACUGGACAAACAAUUUAACUGUCCCUUUUGUAAUCACGAGAAGUCUUGCGAAGUAAGAAUGGAUCGGGUUCGUAAUACUGGACAUAUAUCCUGUCGGGUUUGUUUAGAAGAUUUUCAGACAUCUAUUACUUAUCUUUCAGAGCCAGUGGAUGUAUACAGUGACUGGAUCGAUGCCUGUGAAAGUGCCAACCAGUAGACAUGUAUCAUAACCAUUUGUGCAAUCAAAUUGAACUUCUUACAUGUCAUUCUGUGGUUUGUGAAGUGAAAAGUUGAUCGGAGUACAGGAAGAAAGUGGAACUUAAUGGGUCAUAACUGAAGUGGAAAAAGGAGACAUGUCAAGUCAUAAGGAGAAAGUUGUCUGAAGAUGUGUAUUAUACUUCAAUUGAAACAACUCCAUCAAAUUAGACAUUUCUGUAAAUAUUGUACAAAGUUCCCAAAUUCUUGUAAGUCCUCUUUAUAUGAAAAUUUCUCUAUAACUGAUAAUACAGUAAUAUUCAAUUUGUUGCUAA